GCUUGUUAGGCUGCUGGAUUCCUGCAUUGCUUAGUCACUACGGUAUAAACGGGCAAUAUGACUGGUACAAGGCUCUGAGGCUUCCUAUUCAGGGUUUGAGGAUGGAGUCUGGUUGGUUGGCUCGAUGCACUGUGGCGAUCACUGAAAAAAGGGCCUGCUACGCCGCGUCUGCUGCGCCCUGUCAGCGAGGCCUCCGGGCUAUAUGCCGAUCCCAUCGGACUGGUCACCCGCUAUUGUAAUUAAUGCCGGGGAUCCGAUAUAUAAGGGGUAACGUUUCCCAGAUUCAUAUCAACCAUCACUCAAUAACCACUUGCAUCUUCAUCUUACGAGAGACGCUAUACAAACAAACCUUUUGCAUCCUCCUACAAACAAACUUAAUCUAAACAAACAAACAACCGCAACCAUGCAACUCAACAUCAACACUCUCACCACCCUCCUCCUCCUUUCCUCCUCCUCCGUCCUCGCCCAAGACUCCGUCGGCAACUCCAUCGACAACAUCGUCGACGGCGCCAAAGGCGCCGCCUCCACGGCCGUUGACGGCGGCCGCAACAUCGCCUCUGCGGCCGUAACCGGCGCCGAGGGCGCAGCCUCCGAUGUCACCUCCGAGGGAGGAAACAUUGCCUCCAAGGUCACCGGCGCCGCAGGCAGUGCUCUCAACAGUGCCAGCAACGCCAUUUCAUCUGUGACCAGCUCGGUGGAAUCUGAAGCUUCGUCUGCGACGGUGACUUCGACUAGUGGAUCGAGCUCGGCUAGCGGGUCUGCUAGUGAAUCGGGUUCGAGCGCGAGCUCGAGCUCGGCUACUCCUUCGUCGUCGUUUAUUACCACGACGAUGACCAACUCGGAGGGUCAGGCUACUGCGACGAGUACUUCGACUUCGGUUUCUGAUCCCUCGACUUCUGCUUCUGAGGGUGCUGCGCCGCAGAUGACUGCUGCUGGGUUCGGUGUGGGUCUUGCGGGUAUGUUGGGUGUUAUGGCUGCUCUGUAGAGGUAGCUAAGCACUAGGAUAUGAGAGAUUUGGCUUCCUUUGUUAUUUGAUGAUACCAUGUUUAUUUUGAACUCUGAUUUGAAUGGAGCGUUGUAUAAUUAUUUCCUGGAUUGUUCAUAAUAUACCAGCAGGGAAAAUCCGACUUCGUCCAUUUGUUUUUGUCUAUAUGCAAUGCAAUCAACUGAAAUUAUACACAUCAAAAGUAAAUUUUGUUCUUCAAAAAAAAAAAAAAAAAAAAAA